GCCAGCGCAUCGUUAUCAUGGGCACUGUUUGCUUUGCGCGCCGCUGCUGUUUGCUUUUCGCCCUCGCCUGGGCCGGCAGGUUGGCGGGAGGCAGCGGGGGCGCAGAUGUUGACGAGUGCGCGGAAGCCACGGAUGACUGUCACAUCGAUGCCAUCUGUCAGAACACACCGAAAUCCUACAAAUGCAUCUGCAAGCCGGGCUAUAAAGGGGAAGGGAAGCAGUGUGAAGACAUUGAUGAGUGUGAGAAUGACUUUUACAACGGGGGUUGUGUCCACGAGUGCAUCAACAUCCCAGGCAACUACAGGUGCACGUGCUAUGACGGGUUCAUGUUGGCCCAUGAUGGCCACAACUGCCUUGAUGUUGACGAGUGUCUGGAUAACAAUGGAGGGUGCCAGCAGAUCUGUGUAAAUACCAUGGGCAGCUAUGAAUGUCAGUGCAAAGAAGGCUUUUUUCUGAGUGAUAACCAGCACACCUGCAUCCAUCGCUCCAUUGAGGGUAUGAACUGUAUGAACAAAGAUCAUGGGUGUGCACACAUCUGCCGGGAGACGCCCAAAGGUGGGGUUGCCUGUGAAUGUAGGCCUGGCUUUGAGCUUGCCAAAAACCAGAAGGACUGCAAAUUAACCUGUAACUAUGGGAAUGGAGGCUGCCAGCACACCUGUGAUGACACAGAUACUGGGCCUGUGUGUGGUUGUCACCAGAAGUACGCCCUGCACUCCGACGGCCGAACCUGCAUCGAGAAGGAUGAGGCUGCAAUUGAGAGUUCUGAGUACAAUGCCACGUCAGUAGCUGAUGUGGACAAGCGGGUGAAACGGCGGCUACUUAUGGAAACAUGUGCUGUCAAUAACGGAGGCUGCGAUCGGACGUGCAAGGACACGGCGACAGGGGUUCGGUGCAGUUGCCCAGUUGGAUUUACCCUGCAGCCUGAUGGGAAAACGUGCAAAGAUAUCGAUGAGUGCUUGGUGAACAACGGGGGCUGUGACCAUUUCUGCAGAAACACAGUUGGCAGCUUCGAGUGCAGCUGCCAGAAAGGCUACAAACUGCUCACAGACGAAAGGACCUGCCAAGAUAUAGAUGAGUGUUCAUUUGAGAGGACCUGUGAUCACACCUGUAUCAACUACCCUGGAAGCUUUGAGUGUCUCUGCCACAAAGGCUACACCCUGUAUGGACUGACACACUGUGGAGAUAUUGAUGAAUGCAGCAUCAGCAAUGGUAGCUGUGACUAUGGGUGUCUUAAUACCAUGGGGAGCUAUGAGUGUGUCUGCCCACCUGGAAAGAAACUGCACUGGAAUAAAAAGGACUGUGUUGAGAUGGUGAAAUGUCUCCCAAAUGCCAAACCAGCUCCCAAGGCUCAGCUGGUGUGUAGUAAGACAGGAGGCAUAGAGAGCUGCUUCCUGUCAUGCCCAUCCAACACUCUUUUUGUUCCAGAUUCGGAGAACAGCUACACCCUCAGCUGUGGAGUCCCCGUCCAGCAAGGCAAGGCUCAGCCAAAGCGCAACACCACCCUGCCCAGCUGCCCAGAUUCAUUAGCCCCUCCAAUCAAGCAGAAAGCUCGUUUUAAAAUCAAAGAUGCAAAAUGCCAUUUACGGCCUCGCAGCAAAGAAAAACCAAAAGAUUCUGGGAAGCAGCCUGUUUCAGGAGGCCAAUUCCCUUGCACAGACAACUGCCAGGUGACCUUUGUGAACCUCAAGUGCGAUUCCUCCAAGAAAAAACGCCGAGGCCGCAAGUCCCCGUCCAAAGAAGUGUCCCAUAUCACUGCAGAGUUUGAAGUGGAGAUGAAGUCAGAAGAAGUCUCAGACACCUGUAACAUUGACUGUGUUCGGAAAAGGAUGGAGCAGAAGCUGCAAACUGCAAUCAAAACAUUGAGGAAAUCUAUUAAUAAACAGCAAUUUUACAUUCAGUUUUCUGGGACAGAGUAUGAAGUGGCUCAGAAGCCAGCUAAAGCUACUGAGGGGCACGAGGCUUGCAGUACAGGGCAAGUACUGCAGGAUGGAAAAUGUGUUACCUGCAGCACGGGCACCUUUUAUAGCGGAGAACACAAUCAGUGCGUUCCCUGCUCCCCAGGAACAUACCAGGACACAGAAGGUCAACUUACCUGUGAGCCUUGCCCAAGUAACGAUGGACAGGGAGUAGCAGGAGCCCGGAAUGUGUCAGAAUGUGGAGGGCAGUGUUCUCCUGGGCACUACUCCUCAGAUGGUUUUAAACCUUGCACAGUCUGUCCUCUGGGUACCUACCAGCCUGAACCAGGGAGGACCCUCUGCUUUCCAUGUGGUGGUGGGCUUGUGACCAAAUAUGAAGGUGCUGUUUCCUUCCAAGACUGUGAAACCAAAGUUCACUGUUCUCCUGGGCACUACUACAACUCCACCACACACAGAUGCAUCCGAUGCCCUGCGGGGACCUACCAGCCUGAGUUUGGGCAGAACUACUGCAUCACCUGCCCUGGGAACACCAGUACGGAUUUUGAUGGCUCCACUAAUGUUACACACUGCAAGAACCAGCACUGUGGAGGAGAACUUGGGGACUAUACUGGCUACAUUGAAUCACCCAAUUAUCCUGGAGACUACCCAGCUAAUGUCGAAUGCAUUUGGAAUAUAAACCCACCCCCAAAGAGGAGGAUACUCAUUGUAGUACCUGAGAUAUUCCUCCCCAUCGAAGAUGAAUGUGGUGAUGUUUUAGUAAUGAGGAAAAGUGCUUCUCCCACUUCAAUUACCACAUAUGAAACAUGUCAGACUUAUGAGAGACCUAUUGCAUUUACCUCAAGAUCAAGGAAGCUCUGGAUUCAGUUCAAGUCAAAUGAAGGAAACAGUGGCAAAGGAUUUCAGGUCCCCUACGUGACUUAUGAUGAGGAUUACCAACAACUAAUAGAAGACAUUGUUCGAGAUGGCCGAUUAUAUGCGUCAGAAAAUCAUCAGGAAAUUCUAAAGGACAAGAAACUGAUUAAAGCUCUCUUUGAUGUACUGGCACACCCCCAAAACUAUUUCAAGUACACAGCACAAGAGUCAAAAGAAAUGUUCCCAAGAUCAUUUAUAAAGCUGCUGCGAUCCAAAGUGUCCAGAUUUCUACGACCAUACAAGUAGUCCAGCGGUACUCAAUUUUUGGUUACUUUGCAUUCCUGUCAAAUAUCAUCCUUCCUCCAUAGUAGAAACAUUUGCUAACUUGAAGGCUCUUUUUUGCAGUCUUUGUUCUCAGUUGUAAAUGGAAGAACGCCUAUAAUGUUUUAUAAUUGUUAAAAGUCAGUGUUUUGAACGGGAUUUUUACUACCAAAAAAAGAAAAAAGUGCAUCCCUGAGUGCAUCUUGUUGAAGAUCUGAAUUUGUGUCUGCACUAGUGUAUCCUCACUCCCCAUUUGAAAUUUCAUGAUGUAGAAAAUAUUCUUUCGAGCUUUUUAUUUUUCCAUCAACAAUAACUUUUGUCAAAGAAAGGGGGAAUCUAUUCAAAUGUGAUUAAACUACCUGCAGAUAAGUUCUGUUGUAGAGAGAAGUAUGUAGUAUAAAUAAUAUUUGGAUUUUUGAAUUGCACUUGAAGUUUAUAUUUGAAUCUUUGGAAGAAAACAAAAAAAAAACCUAAAUUUUGUUAUUUCUCAGUUGUGGCUUGGUGGAACCUCUGUCCAAGUAGAAAUCAAAAAGGGAAAAAAAGAGAAAAAAAAAGAAACAUAUGUAUAAUUUUUUUUUAUGAACUACAUGAGAUUGAGUCCCAUGCCCUAAUGUCCUAAUGUUUUUAUCUGUCCUCUUCUAAACUUCUUCAGAGGUUUGCCACUGUCAAUUAUUUGAUUGAAACAGAUUUAGCUCUGGAUUUCCGUGCACCAGUGGGUCCCUUUAAAGGCAUUUCCAAUAGGAUAUGUGAGAAAUGAACAGCAACCACACUGGCAGUCUUGUUUUUCUUUCCAUUAAGAGAGCAUCUAAUUAAGUACAAUAUAUAAAUAUAUAAAUAUAUACUUCUAUUUGUGGGUACAUUAGUAAUGUUAUCUCUAGUUACUGUAAAUAUUAUUCAUGCUUAAAUCUUUACUCCCACACACCCUAUUUACUCAUAUCUAUAUGUAACUUUGUGUAGAUGAUUAAAUGACUUCUCCAAGUGCUUGUCACUUCUAUUGACACCGAACUGAAGCCUUUUGGAGUUUUAUAAUACUGGAUAAUGGUUUCCUCUGGGACAAUCUCUUUCAAUAUGCAGAGGAGUUGGAGUCUUCAGAGACAGCCUGAACUGACAACUCAUUUUUUUCCACUCAUGGAUCUUAGGUCUUUGAUGGGCUUUCUCUUUAAUACCUACAUUAACCCUCAUUUCCAAAUAUAAUUUCUCCAUAAAAAUCCUUUGUUAAAGGCUGUUAAACCUAAACUUUUUGUGAGGAUGUUGUAACUACUUUUAUUUAUUAUUCACCCCGAGUUACGAAAAGGGGAUUUUCUAAGAAGACAUUCUUAUCAGUCCUACAUUCACUGUGUGUCUGGAACAACGACGAGAAAAAAAGUUUCAUGUAUUUUUUCCCUUCUCAGUAAUUAUUUUUAGGAAAAAAAAAAAAGAAAAAGCAAACAGUUUUUAGGUACUCAAAUUAUGUAGGAGUGUAUAGCUAAAAAAACUACUUUAGCCAAACAGUGCUUCAAAGUCUGACAGGUUAUUCAGAGUAUUAUCAAGAUACAUUAGAAUGGGUCAGGAUUGCAGCCAUUCUACUGAAAGAUAUGAAGGAAAAAUAUGAAAAACAUGGAGAAAAUUAACUCCCUCAUUUGGUGAAUUAUUUACAGUGGCCUUUAGAAUUUCAGACUUCAGUGAGCAAACUCUGGAACCUGUUGCUGUAUGGUGAGUUUAGUAAAAUACUUCCUAAAACUUUUUGCUCAAUGACCAACACGUUUGGACAUAAUUAGAAAAAUGAGUCAGGUUUGAAUGUUUGCGGCUCUACUUAGAAAUGCUCCUGGAUGUGCCAAUUUCUAGUGAAAAAAGUAAUGACAAGUGGUAUAUAAAGUUAAAAAUGCUUUGAAUUCCAUACUAGAUUUACAGUUACAGAAACUGGCAGUCACCAAAUAGAAGGUGAGUUCAGCUCUUCAUUUGUUAGCAUUGGUGUAGGAUGCCUUCACUGUCACACAAUAGCAGUACAACAACAAGGAAAGUCUUCUUCUGUGGAGAAGACCUAGGAACAUUUGGGAAUCAAAAACCACACGAGGAGAAAUGCGGCUGCCUUUAAGAAAACCAGCUUUGUGAAAUGAUAGAAUCAGUACAGCACAGAAUUUGAGCAUUUAAACAUAAUAAAUACAGCCCUGCAUCUGCUCUUAUGGAAUUACACAUUGUAUGCAGGAGAGGUGCAACAACAUGUUUUUGUGUUAUUGCAGGAAGGCUGGACAAGUGCCCAUUUGUGAUUGCCCAAUUCUGUGGCACAAACAGAGCUCCUUGUUUUCCAUUUGCAAAUGCCUUGUGUGCUUAAAAGCUGCACCCGCAGCACUUACCAUUUUAAGCCUCCUCUGCUUUAAACACUGCACUUAUUUCUAGUGAGGUGGUGGUGAAUCAUCCCUAAACAUUCUCACAGGCCACCAAAUCACCUCCUGCCACAGUCCAGGAGCCUGCAACAAUCCAAGGUUGCUAAUUAAGCCCAGAGUUGUGCCUUGAAAGCACUUAGGGCAAGGUCUGUGUGUGUCAUUUGAGUGCAGGGAACGUCAGGAUUUGGUGUUCGAUACGUUGCCACCUGCGUCUUGCCUGCGAUAGCAAAAUUUAUUCUGCCUGAAGAUUUAGCUCCCUGUAAGUGGAUUUAAAACUGCUGCAGUCUUCGUUCAGCUCCAUCACACAUCAAAUUUUGACCUAAAGACAAAUUUUUCAAAAGGAAUUCAUUUCCUCUUUGUGCCUCCCACACAGAAUAAAGUUAGGACUACUUAAGAGUUAGACUAAUCUUUCCUACACAUCGGCUUCAUUCUAGGGUAAGCUCACUUAAAAGUAAGUAAGCUUCCUUAAAACUAGCUUUAAAAAGCCAGGUUUAGUUUAGUUUUAGACUAGCUUAAAUAAAUACUGGACUGGUCACAACGUUUUCAGAGCCCACAUUCUUGAGUUGUCAGCUGGUUUGGAAAGAGCAGAGCUCACCUGUGGCCCCUCUGUCUGUGAGCAGAACACGAGGAUGACGCCACACGAACAAGAAACAUCCUUUAUGAGUGUUCACCAUUC